AUGGCGACGCCGCAAGCAAGUGUGACGACGGAGCGGACGAGGGUCAUUCCGGGCGUGCCGCUCGAGCUCUUGCAAAAGAGCGUGGCCAAGAAAUCACGCAGCAGAGGCAAGAAAGCGAGCGCAACAGCAGACACUGCACUCACUGAUACCGCCCCCGCUGCUUCUGAUCUGCCCAACAACCUCGUCAGUGGUCCCAAUGGUCUCACCCUGCCCGGAGCGCCCGCUGUCGAGGAACCUCAAGUCAAGCGUCCCACACUCAGUCAGAUCAUCAACAAGCGACUCAAAGCGACCUCGAAGAAGAUCCAACGUAUCUCUGCUUACCAGUCCCAAGAUGAGUCGACUUUCAACCCCGAGCAGCGACUGGCCGUCGCAUCCAAGCCGGGACUCGAAGCCAUCGUCAGAGAGCUCACCGAGCUCGUCAAAGUAGCAGAGAUUGAUGAAAGAGAGGUCGAAAGCCUCGCUGAGAGAGACACCGCCCGCGUCGAGCUUCUCGUCCAGGAGCGCGUCAAGACUGCUGUCGCCCAAACCAAGGAAGACUCACGCACGACGCUGCUCCUGCUCAUGCAGUUCCUCCACAUGCGCGAACUCAUCAAUAACGCAUCUUACGGUCAGAUCUUGCCGCCCAACCUCGCCCGAGCGACGAACCAGCAAGUUGCGGCUGUCCACUUCUUGUACGACGCCCUCGCCAAUGGUCCUCUCAUGGGCGGACACGACGAUGCCUCGGAACGCAUCGAGAUGCUCGAGUCCCGCAGCCAGACAGAAGUCGCAGAAGGCGUCACCUACGCUCAACUGCGAACGAUGAUUGAAGACAUGACUGCCUCGCCGGAAGAAGUCGAGGCUGGCGCCGGUCAGGCCGAGCUCGAUGCUGUUCCCGAGGAGCCAGUCGCCAAUGGCAUGCCUGCCGGCGGCAGCAUCCUCUUCAUGCAGGCUUCAGAGCUUGAAAAGGCUUCACAUCACCCUGCAUCUCAAUUCCCGCCGUCGCAGCUUCAGGAGCAGCAUGUCAAUGGUCAUUAUGAAGAGCCCGUCGUGGAACCACAGACAGACCUGCACGAGCCAUUCGAAUUCGUCGAGUCUGGCGGUCCAGAGGAAGUCGGCGGUCAACAGGCUCCGGUCACGCAAGAGGCCCCUGCACAGCCCACUGCCCCGGCGCCAGCAACGCUUCCGAGCUUCGAGCUCGGUGCAGAGGGCAAGACGAACUGGGCAGACGAUGUCGCAGAGGAAGCUCAACAGGCUCAACUCGCACCGCCCGUCACGAAUGGACGAGGAAGAGGACGCGGCCGUGGUGACUUCAGAGGACGAGGACGAGGCAACCCACGCGCGGGCUUGGUCUACGAUGCCGCCCGACAACAGAACACCAAGCCAGCUCGACCGACCGAUGCAGAGGAGGGAUGGCGCAGUGUCGGCAAGCCAAAGGAGGCGCCCGUCGAGCAGAGCGGCGGACGAGGUCGUGGAGGAAGAGGAAGAGGCGACUACAGAGGAAGAGGAAAUGGCGAGGGACGAGGACGGGGCAGUUAUUCACGAGGCGAUGGCGGUCGAGGCGGUCAUUCGCGCGUACCCUCCGCAGCGCCCGCGGCUGCACCCGCGUCGGCUGUGUGA